GUCGCGUUCGGUUCUCAUUUUCCCAACUCCCCAGUCCUGGAGGAGCUGGACUACUUGAAGGGCGCCGUGGACAGCCCGGUGAAGCCAAUGGCGGCCAUCGUGGGCGGCGCCAAGGUGAGCACGAAGAUCCCGGUGAUCGAGUCCAUGCUGGAGAAGGUGGACAAGGUGAUCAUCGGCGGAGGCAUGGUGUUCACCUUCCUGAAGGCACGCGGCCUCUCGGUCGGGAACUCCCUGGUGGAGGACGACCUCAUCCCAGUUGUGAAGAAGCUGGAGGAGCAGGCCAAGGCCAAGGGCGUCGAGAUCAUCCUCCCGAGCGACAUCGCUUGCGGCGAUGAGUUCCCCGCGGGGGGCAAAGAGGUGAACUACAAGGUGGUGCCCGCGGAUGAUAUCCCGGACGGCUGGCUCGGCCUGGACAACGGCCCGAAGGCGACCGAGGAGAUCAAGGCUGCUCUGGCGGAUUGCAAGACGAUCAUCUGGAACGGCCCGAUGGGCGUGUUCGAGAGCCCGCAAUUCAGCAAGGGCACCUACGACGUGGCGGAGUGCAUCGCCGAGCUGACGGAAAAGAACGGCGCCAUCAGCAUCAUUGGUGGCGGUGACUCCGUGUCCGCGGUGAACAAGUCCGGCCUGGCACCGAAGAUGUCGCACAUCUCCACCGGGGGCGGUGCCAGCCUGGAGCUGCUGGAGGGCAAGGUGCUGCCAGGGGUGGCUGCGCUGGACGAGAAGGAGAUGGCCGCCGCGGCGUUCUGCGGACAGCGCAAGGUCACCAAGGCUUCCAGGACCAGCCUGCAGGCCAAGAAGUCCGUGGAGGACCUGGGCGAGGCGGACCUCAAGGGGAAGACGGUGCUGAUCCGGUGCGACCUCAACGUGCCCCUGAACGCGGACCUGGAGAUUACGGACGACACGCGCAUCACGGCCUCGAUCCCGACGAUCGAGUAUCUCUGCAGCAAGGGCGCCAAGGUGUUGGCGUGCUCCCACCUUGGCCGCCCCAAGGACGGGCCCGAGGAGAAGUUCUCGCUGAAGCCAGUGGCGAAGAAGAUGGGGGAGCUGAUGAAGAAGGACAUCAAGUGCGCCCCGGACUGCAAGGCCACGGACGAGGUGAAGGGGAUGGUCUCGGCCAUGAGCGAGGGCGACGUUUUGAUCCUGGAGAACACUCGGUUCUACAAGGGAGAGACCAAGAACGACCCUGAGCUGGCGGAGAGCAUGGCCAGCCUGGCGGACCUGUUCGUGAACGACGCGUUCGGCACCGCGCACCGCGCGCACUCCUCCACCGAGGGCGUGACCAAGUUCCUGAAGCCGAGCGUCUCGGGCUUCUUGCUGAAGAAGGAGCUGGACUACUUGAAGGGCGCCGUGGACAGCCCGGUGAAGCCAAUGGCGGCCAUCGUGGGCGGUGCCAAGGUGAGCACGAAGAUCCCGGUGAUCGAGUCCAUGCUGGAGAAGGUGGACAAGGUGAUCAUCGGCGGAGGCAUGGUGUUCACCUUCCUGAAGGCACGCGGCCUCUCGGUCGGGAACUCCCUGGUGGAGGACGACCUCAUCCCCGUUGUGAAGAAGCUGGAGGAGCAGGCCAAGGCCAAGGGCGUCGAGAUCAUCCUCCCGAGCGACAUCGCUUGCGGCGAUGAGUUCCCCGCGGGGGGCAAAGAGGUGAACUACAAGGUGGUGCCCGCGGAUGAUAUCCCGGACGGCUGGCUCGGCCUGGACAACGGCCCGAAGGCGACCGAGGAGAUCAAGGCUGCUCUGGCGGAUUGCAAGACGAUCAUCUGGAACGGCCCGAUGGGCGUGUUCGAGAGCCCGCAGUUCAGCAAGGGCACCUACGACGUGGCGGAGUGCAUCGCCGAGCUGACGGAAAAGAACGGCGCCAUCAGCAUCAUUGGUGGCGGUGACUCCGUGUCCGCGGUGAACAAGUCCGGCCUGGCGCCGAAGAUGUCGCACAUCUCCACUGGAGGCGGUGCCAGCCUGGAGCUGCUGGAGGGCAAGGUGCUGCCAGGGGUGGCUGCGCUGGACGAGAAGGAGAUGGCCGCCGCGGCUUUCUGCGGACAGCGCAAGGUCACCAAGGCUUCCAGGACCAGCCUGCAGGCCAAGAAGUCCGUGGAGGACCUGGGCGAGGCGGACCUCAAGGGGAAGACGGUGCUGAUCCGGUGCGACCUCAACGUGCCCCUGAACGCGGACCUGGAGAUUACGGACGACACGCGCAUCACGGCCUCGAUCCCGACGAUCGAGUACCUCUGCAGCAAGGGCGCCAAGGUGUUGGCGUGCUCCCACCUUGGCCGCCCCAAGGACGGGCCCGAGGAGAAGUUCUCGCUGAAGCCAGUGGCGAAGAAGAUGGGGGAGCUGAUGAAGAAGGACAUCAAGUGCGCCCCGGACUGCAAGGCCACGGACGAGGUGAAGGGGAUGGUGUCGGCCAUGAGCGAGGGAGACGUUUUGAUCCUGGAGAACACUCGGUUCUACAAGGGAGAGACCAAGAACGACCCUGAGCUGGCGGAGAGCAUGGCCAGCCUGGCGGACCUGUUCGUGAACGACGCGUUCGGCACCGCGCACCGCGCGCACUCCUCCACCGAGGGCGUGACCAAGUUCCUGAAGCCGAGCGUCUCGGGCUUCUUGCUGAAGAAGGAGCUGGACUACUUGAAGGGCGCCGUGGACAGCCCGGUGAAGCCAAUGGCGGCCAUCGUGGGCGGCGCCAAGGUGAGCACGAAGAUCCCGGUGAUCGAGUCCAUGCUGGAGAAGGUGGACAAGGUGAUCAUCGGCGGAGGCAUGGUGUUCACCUUCCUGAAGGCACGCGGCCUCUCGGUCGGGAACUCCCUGGUGGAGGACGACCUCAUCCCAGUUGUGAAGAAGCUGGAGGAGCAGGCCAAGGCCAAGGGCGUCGAGAUCAUCCUCCCGAGCGACAUCGCUUGCGGCGAUGAGUUCCCCGCGGGGGGCAAAGAGGUGAACUACAAGGUGGUGCCCGCGGAUGAUAUCCCGGACGGCUGGCUCGGCCUGGACAACGGCCCGAAGGCGACCGAGGAGAUCAAGGCUGCUCUGGCGGAUUGCAAGACGAUCAUCUGGAACGGCCCGAUGGGCGUGUUCGAGAGCCCGCAGUUCAGCAAGGGCACCUACGACGUGGCGGAGUGCAUCGCCGAGCUGACGGAGAAGAACGGCGCCAUCAGCAUCAUUGGUGGCGGUGACUCCGUGUCCGCGGUGAACAAGUCCGGCCUGGCGCCGAAGAUGUCGCACAUCUCCACUGGAGGCGGUGCCAGCCUGGAGCUGCUGGAGGGCAAGGUGCUGCCAGGGGUGGCUGCGCUGGACGAGAAGGAGAUGGCCGCCGCGGCGUUCUGCGGACAGCGCAAGGUCACCAAGGCUUCCAGGACCAGCCUGCAGGCCAAGAAGUCCGUGGAGGACCUGGGCGAGGCGGACCUCAAGGGGAAGACGGUGCUGAUCCGGUGCGACCUCAACGUGCCCCUGAACGCGGACCUGGAGAUUACGGACGACACGCGCAUCACGGCCUCGAUCCCGACGAUCGAGUACCUCUGCAGCAAGGGCGCCAAGGUGCUGGCGUGCUCCCACCUUGGCCGCCCCAAGGACGGGCCCGAGGAGAAGUUCUCGCUGAAGCCAGUGGCGAAGAAGAUGGGGGAGCUGAUGAAGAAGGACAUCAAGUGCGCCCCGGACUGCAAGGCCACGGACGAGGUGAAGGGGAUGGUGUCGGCCAUGAGCGAGGGAGACGUUUUGAUCCUGGAGAACACUCGGUUCUACAAGGGAGAGACCAAGAACGACCCUGAGCUGGCGGAGAGCAUGGCCAGCCUGGCGGACCUGUUCGUGAACGACGCGUUCGGCACCGCGCACCGCGCGCACUCCUCCACCGAGGGCGUGACCAAGUUCCUGAAGCCGAGCGUCUCGGGCUUCUUGCUGAAGAAGGAGCUGGACUACUUGAAGGGCGCUGUGGACAACCCGGUGAAGCCAAUGGCGGCCAUCGUGGGCGGCGCCAAGGUGAGCACGAAGAUCCCGGUGAUCGAGUCCAUGUUGGAGAAGGUGGACAAAGUGAUCAUCGGCGGCGGCAUGGUGUUCACCUUCCUGAAGGCCCGCGGCCUCUCGGUCGGGAACUCCCUGGUGGAGGACGACCUCAUCCCAGUUGUGAAGAAGUUGGAGGAGGAGGCCAAGGCCAAGGGCGUCGAGAUCAUCCUCCCGAGCGACAUCGCCUGCGGCGACGAGUUCCCCGCAGGGGGCAAAGAAGUCAAUUACAAGGUGGUACCCGCGGAUGCGAUCCCAGACGGCUGGCUCGGCCUGGACAACGGCCCGAAGGCGACCGAGGAGAUCAAAGCUGCCCUGGCGGAUUGCAAGACGAUCAUCUGGAACGGCCCCAUGGGAGUGUUCGCUGCUCUGGCGGAUUGCAAGACGAUCAUCUGGAACGGCCCGAUGGGCGUGUUCGAGAGCCCGCAGUUCAGCAAGGGCACCUACGACGUGGCGGAGUGCAUCGCCGAGCUGACGGAAAAGAACGGCGCCAUCAGCAUCAUUGGUGGCGGUGACUCCGUGUCCGCGGUGAACAAGUCCGGCCUGGCGCCGAAGAUGUCGCACAUCUCCACUGGAGGCGGUGCCAGCCUGGAGCUGCUGGAGGGCAAGGUGCUGCCAGGGGUGGCUGCGCUGGACGAGAAGGAGAUGGCCGCCGCGGCGUUCUGCGGACAGCGCAAGGUCCCCAAGGCUUCCAGGACCAGCCUGCAGGCCAAGAAGUCCGUGGAGGACCUGGGCGAGGCGGACCUCAAGGGGAAGACGGUGCUGAUCCGGUGCGACCUCAACGUGCCCCUGAACGCGGACCUGGAGAUUACGGACGACACGCGCAUCACGGCCUCGAUCCCGACGAUCGAGUACCUCUGCAGCAAGGGCGCCAAGGUGCUGGCGUGCUCCCACCUUGGCCGCCCCAAGGACGGGCCCGAGGAGAAGUUCUCGCUGAAGCCAGUGGCGAAGAAGAUGGGGGAGCUGAUGAAGAAGGACAUCAAGUGCGCCCCGGACUGCAAGGCCACGGACGAGGUGAAGGGGAUGGUGUCGGCCAUGAGCGAGGGAGACGUUUUGAUCCUGGAGAACACUCGGUUCUACAAGGGAGAGACCAAGAACGACCCUGAGCUGGCGGAGAGCAUGGCCAGCCUGGCGGACCUGUUCGUGAACGACGCGUUCGGCACCGCACACCGCGCGCACUCCUCCACCGAGGGCGUGACCAAGUUCCUGAAGCCGAGCGUCUCGGGCUUCUUGCUGAAGAAGGAGCUGGAUUACUUGAAGGGUGCCGUGGACAGCCCGGUGAAGCCGAUGGCGGCUAUCGUGGGCGGCGCCAAGGUGAGCACGAAGAUCCCAGUGAUCGAGUCUAUGCUGGAGAAGGUAGACAAGGUAAUCAUCGGCGGAGGCAUGGUGUUCACGUUCCUGAAGGCACGCGGCCUCUCGGUCGGGAACUCCUUGGUGGAGGACGACCUCAUCCCAGUUGUCAAGAAACUGGAGGAGCAGGCCAAGGCCAAGGGCGUCGAGAUCAUCCUUCCGAGCGACAUCGCCUGCGGCGACGAGUUCCCCGCGGGGGGCAAAGAGGUGAACGUCAAGGUGGUGCCCGCGGAUGCGAUCCCAGACGGCUGGCUCGGUCUGGACAACGGGCCGAAGGCGACCGAGCAGAUCAAGGCUGCUCUUGCGGACUGCAAGACCAUCAUCUGGAACGGCCCGAUGGGCGUGUUCGAGAGCCCGCAGUUCAGCAAGGGCACCUACGACGUGGCGGAGUGCAUCGCCGAGCUGACGGAGAAGAAUGGCGCCAUCAGCAUUAUUGGUGGCGGUGAUUCCGUGUCCGCGGUGAACAAGUCCGGCCUGGCGCCGAAGAUGUCGCACAUCUCCACUGGGGGCGGUGCCAGCCUGGAGCUGCUGGAGGGCAAGGUGCUGCCAGGGGUGGCUGCGCUGGACGAGAAGGUUGAGGUCAAGAAGUCCGUGGCGGACCUGGGGGAGGCGGACCUGAAGGGGAAGACAGUACUGAUCCGGUGCGACCUCAACGUGCCCCUGAACGCGGACCUGGAGAUCACGGAUGACACGCGCAUCACGGCUUCGAUCCCGACGAUCGAGUAUCUCUGCAGCAAGGGCGCCAGGGUGCUGGCGUGCUCCCACCUGGGCCGCCCGAAGGACGGGCCCGAGGAGAAGUUCUCGCUGAAGCCGGUAGCGAAGAAGAUGGGGGAGCUGAUGACGAAGGACAUCAAGUGCGCCCCGGAUUGCAAGGCCACGGAUGAGGUGAAGGGGAUGGUGUCGGCCAUGAGCGACGGCGACGUGCUGAUCCUGGAGAACACUCGGUUCUACAAGGGGGAGACCAAGAACGACCCCGAGCUGGCGGAGAGCAUGGCCAGCCUGGCGGACCUGUUCGUGAACGACGCGUUCGGCACCGCGCACCGCGCGCACUCCUCCACGGAGGGCGUGACCAAGUUCCUGAAGCCGAGCGUCUCGGGCUUCCUGCUGAAGAAGGAGCUGGACUACCUGAAGGGCGCCGUGGACAACCCAGUGAAGCCGAUGGCGGCCAUCGUGGGCGGCGCCAAGGUGAGCACGAAGAUCCCAGUGAUCGAGUCUAUGCUGGAGAAGGUGGACAAGGUGAUCAUCGGCGGCGGUAUGGUGUUCACCUUCCUGAAGGCCCGUGGCCUCUCGGUUGGGAACUCCCUGGUGGAGGACGACCUCAUCCCAGUUGUGAAGAAGCUAGAGGAGCAGGCCAAGGCCAGGGGCGUCGAGAUCAUCCUCCCGAGCGACAUCGCCUGCGGCGAUGAGUUCCCCGCGGGGGGCAAAGAGGUCAACUACAAGGUGGUGCCCGCGGAUGCGAUCCCAGACGGCUGGCUCGGUCUGGACAACGGCCCGAAGGCAACCGAGGAAAUCAAGGCUGCUCUGGCGGAUUGCAAAACCAUCAUCUGGAACGGCCCGAUGGGCGUGUUCGAGAGCCCGCAAUUCAGCAAGGGCACCUACGACGUGGCCGAGUGCAUCGCCGAGCUGACGGAGAAGAACGGUGCCAUCAGCAUCAUCGGUGGCGGAGACUCCGUGUCCGCCGUGAACAAGUCCGGCCUGGCACCGAAGAUGUCGCACAUCUCCACUGGGGGCGGUGCCAGCCUGGAGCUGCUGGAGGGCAAGGUGCUGCCAGGCG